CGGAGUCACUCCCGGAUGCUAAUCUAAGAUGGUUUAUAAAAGAUACGUACAAGUAGGACGAGUAGCUAUGGUCACGUAUGGUCCCGAUGAAGGGAAGUUGUGUGUCAUUGUGGAUGUUGUCGACCAAACGAGGGGUCUUGUGGAUGGACCAUGCACUGACGUAAAGAGACAAGCUAUUAGUUUCAAGUGGCUUGCUUUGACAAACAUAGUGAUCAAGCUUGCGCCUUCCCAGAGGUCAUCUGGGAUUCGUAAGGCUUGGGAGAAAGCAGAUGUAGCAGGACAGUGGGAAAAGUCGUCCUGGGCCAAACGGUUAGCAGACAAGAAAAAGCGACGAUCAAUGACAGACUUCGAUAGAUUUAAACUGAAGAUUGCCAAGCAAAGCAAACGCACUAUCGUGAAGAGUAAAGUCAAGAAGAUGAAGAAGGAAGAGACUGCUCAAUAGGCUGUGAUUUGAUGGAAAUUUGUCGGUUCCAAUAAUCAGUAAAGAAUUGUAUACUACGCUA